CCACCCCCACCUAUUCCCCUUUUUAUUCCCUCCCCCUUCCUCCUCAUCCCUUCAAACUCACUUCUUUGCUCCCCCAUAGCUCCAAGCUCAGCUCUGCUCACUGACCCCAGACGGAACAGGAUUGGAUUGGCCUGACCCGAUACGAUUACCGGACUGCAUCGACUCGUAUCGGAAUGGAUCCGUGCCCGUUCGCUCGGAUCCUUGUCGGGAACUUGGCACUGAGGCUCCCCAACCGCCUGUCCUCGUCAAGUUCCAAUUCCUCGUUCACCUGCGAUGUCAAGCUCGCCGCGAGGUCGUCCUCGUACCCGACUCAGACCUCCACGAUCCCCCUCGUCAUCUCCGAGAGCUCCGUCGCGCCCGAUACCUCCUCCACCCCGAAGUCCCUCGCCGCUUGCUUCAACCUCAACAAGUCCCAGAUCGAUAAGCUUCUACAAGAGAAGCAGCCCAAGAACAACCCCUCCCUGGAGAUCUCCAUCUACCGCGCUCGCCGCCACGGGUCCGCGGGAAGCGGUGGCGUGUGCGGGCUGUUGGGAGGCAGAGGAGGGGGGAACGGGAAGUUCCUGGGGAAGGUGACGGUUCCGGUUCCGGUUCCAAUACCGGAGCUGAUGGAGUACCUGAGGAGGGGGGAGCCGAGGGGGGUUGUGAUUCACAAUGGGUGGGUAAAGAUGGGAGCGGCGGUUCAGUCGGAGGAGGUGUUCGUGACGGUGAGGGUGGAGUCUGACCCGCGGUUCGUGUUCGAGUUCGAGAAGGAGCCCGAGUGCAGCCCUCAGGUGUUCCAGGUCCAAGGGAAUGUGAAGCAGCCCGUCUUCACUUGCAAGUUCAGCUGCAGGAACUCUGCCACCGACAGGAACUUGAGAUCAAUAUCGUCCUUGGAACCUAGUACGUCGAGGAGUUGGUUGUCGUCCUUAGGAAGCGGCGAAAAGGAUCAGCAAGCGAAGGAGCGGAAGGGUUGGUCGAUCACCAUCCACGACCUCUCAGGCUCCCCAGUCGCGGCUGCCUCCAUGGUGACUCCUUUCGUCCCGUCCCCAGGGACAGACCGCGUGAGCCGGUCCAACCCUGGUGCUUGGCUCAUCCUGCGUCCCGGACACAACACAUGGAAGCCCUGGGGCCGCCUCGAGGCCUGGAGGGAGAAGGCUGGCUCCGACGCCCUCUCCUACCGCUUUGAGCUGGUCUCCGACACUGCUGCCAGCCCCAGCACAGCCACCCCCGUUGCUGCAGGGUCCACCAUCGGCAUCAAGAAUGGAGGGAAGUUUGUUAUCGACACGACUGUGAACCUGUCCCCCGUGGCAAGCCCUAGUAGCAGCAUAGAUUUCGGGUCGGGGAAUUGGUCGGGUUCCGGAUCCACAGACUUCGGAUCAGGUAUCGGGUCGCCCUGGCCGAGCUUUCUCCCGGGAGGAUUCGUGAUGUCCUCAACCAUGCAGGGGGUGGACAAGGCCAGCAGGCCCGAGGUCGAAGUCGGGGUGCAGCACGUAACGUGCACGGAGGAUGCCGCUGCAUUUGUGGCGCUUGCAGCAGCAAUGGAUCUGAGCAUGGACGCAUGCAGAUUGUUUUCUCAGAAGCUGAGGAGAGAGCUGAGGCAACCGAGUCAGGAGUCCGUACUUUGAAGCCGGUCCAGUUCGCCGUGCACAAUAUCCGACAUGCUAGACAAACCAGUUUAUGAAUCCAUCGGAUCUGUCGGGUAAUUUCAUGGAGGAACUUAGUUCUGACUUGAUCCCUUUUUGGUGGUCCACAAGGAACGAUCCAAGGCGUCUAUUCAUCUGUUUUCAUUGAACUAACAGCAAAUUUUUGGUGGGAUUCUUUUGCCGGAUCGAUUGUAGAAUUGUACAGAUGAGUGAGAGUUUGAGACGGGCAAUUUUUUUUUUCCUGAAAUAUAUUUAAAUUUAUAUUUAAUGCUUAUGUACAUAUUUUUGUGAUUGUUUUUUCGGUAAGGAUAUUUUUGUGAUUGUUAAUUAUGUUGUUCUCCAUUGAAUUGAAUUAUUGUUAAAUUGGA